AUGCUAUAUGUCAACAGCUUUCUGCAAAGAAAUAAGCCAAUAAAUUGGAUAUUUACCCACCUAACUUUUGCCAACAUGAUGACAGUUUUAUUCUCUGUGAUCCCAGAAUUACUAUUUUUCUUUGGAAUAAGAAACUUUCUAAACGACACUGGUUGUCAGGCAGUUUUGUUCCUGUACAGAGUGGGCCGGGGUCUUUCCCUCUGUACCACAUCUUUCCUCGGUGUGUUUCAAGCCAUCGUGAUCACCAACAACUAUGCUCAGUGGGCGUGGCUCAAAUCAAACAUCUAUACGUGUAUUUUUUCUGCCUUCCUCUGUUUCUGGGUACUCAACAUGUUGAUAUAUAUCCGGGUCCUCUUGGUAGUGAAGGCCCCAUUCAACAUUACUGGAAUUAAAGAAGUUUAUAACCAAAAAUAUUGUAUGGCACGUGAGGUAGAGAAGAUGGGAGCAUCUGCAUUCCAGGGAGGAAUGAUUUUAAGAGAUGUCUUGUGUGUGCUCCUCAUGAUCUGGACCAGCAUGCACAUGGUAAAGUUCCUCUUAAACCAUCACAAGAAUGUCCAGCACAUCCUUAGGCACAGUCUCUGCCCACAGUCCUCUCUUGAGAUCAAGGCCACCCACACCAUCCUGGCCCAAGUCAGCUGUUUUGCUUUAUUUUACUGGACCAACUGCUGCCUUACCAUUUAUUUAACAUACAGUUAUGAGGUCCAAGAGUUAGAAAACAUCGCUAUUUUUGUCUCCUCCUGCUACCCAGUGGUCUGUCCUUUCUUGCUGAUAAAAAACCUUCGAGGCCCCUCCCUGAAAUGCACCUUCAUGAAGAUGAGGAAAUCUCCACAAACCACUGUGGUCAGAGACUUGAAUAUCUCUCACACCAUCUCUGACACAAAGUGCUCAGGACAGAAAAAUUCCACUGCAAAGGUUAAGUGA